UUCCUGCUGCCUUUUUUUCUUUCCGAUUAGGAGGCGAAAGGCAAACUGUGUUCAUGCUACUGGGAUAGUUAGCCGUUUCAGUGGUUUCUCUUUGCUGCUGAAUUGCAAAGAUAAAACAGCCACAAUGACGAAACUGCAGCUUCUGCACCGCGCGCUGAACGAGCGUCUGAUGGCCGCGGUGGAGCAGAUCAUGGAUAUGGUCGGCGGGACUGUGCUGGAGUACGAGGAGGAGACGAUCCGGGCACGGAAGGAAAACGAGAUUCUGAGAAGGAGGCUCCGAUGGAUGGAGGGGGCUAAUCAAGCGGACUGGCCAGGCCCAUCAGAACCCAUUACGCUUUCCAUCCCAGACGAGUCCAAUCCAUCCCCACAAGAUGAGUGUGCUGUCAACUUUGGAUUUGGACAAGAGUCAGAAGCACUUGUAGUCAAAACAGAGACUGCUGAUCACCCCCUUUACAGCGCCACCACAUUACCUCAAAGCAUUGAUCAGGGAUCUGACAUUGCUGGGACAAGCACUGGUAUUUCCUAUGGCCUGGCUGACGGUAUGACCUGGGACUCUGCCCAAAGUUACAUGGCCCCUCUGGACUUUGAUCCAACUUCGAGUACCACCAGGGUCAGGCACUGGAGAGGGUACAACAGAAGGCAGAGGAUGUCAUUUGCCUGUCCAGACUGUGGUAAAGUCUUUGGAAAGGAACAGAGGCUGAUGAUUCAUAUGCGGAUCCAUUCCACUGAGAGGCCGUACAAGUACCGCCGGCGCAAGGCGUUCUUCUACGGUGACAAUAAGAAAAUGAAGAAACAGCAAGCCCUUUCUCAGCUAUCAAGAGGAAUAGUGGAUGAUCUGUCGGAUUGCUCUGAGCAUACCAACAGGAGUAGCGCAUCACCUAAACGGCUAGCAGUUACUGCACCAGACCAAGAAGAAGAGCCGGCCAGCCUGUCUACUGAGAGUGACCACAGCAGUGAUAAAGAACCAGAAAACAGAACUCCUGCCCCUGUGCAACAUCGAAGCAAGAAAAAUGGUGGAGCAAACCAGAUGCGGUGUCAUUGCCCUCAUUGCCCUGAUCGGGUGUUCGCUCGGCCCUGUCAGUUAGCCAUGCACAUGAAAACCCACACGGGCAAAGCUCUUGUAAACCUUCCCGAUGAGAUGAUGGAUGUGAAGAUGAAACCACCCAAGGUGACAUGUGGAUCACAACGCUGUUUUAGCAAAGUUUGGGACUACUUCUCAAAAGAUGCAUAUGGUGAAGUCAUCUGCCAUCAAUGUGCAGCCAGAGUUAGCCAGGGGUCCAGCAAGGCUUCUCAGAAGAACACCUCGAAUUUGUGGUCUCAUCUUAGAAUAAACCAUCGACAUGCCUAUUUAGAGGCGAAAGGGUUUAGCCGACCAGUCAAUAUGCUGAUCAAUACAACACAGAUUAAAUUGGAGCAUUUUGAGCCAGAAGAACACGUUGCAGAAGGAGAAAGUGAGAUAAUGAAGGUCUUGAUGCCAGAAGAACCAUCAAAUGGAAAUUUUGCAAAGCAAAGCAAAAACGAUGCAGUGAAGAAGGCCAAAAUUACUGGCAAAAGUGAGCUCCAUUGUCCAAAGUGUGACAAAGUCUUCAAUUUGGCAAGCAAGUUGCGUUUCCACAUGAAGUCCCAUAAGGCUGAAAGGGCGUUAUUACGCAGAACUCUUAAGAUGCCAAUCCAGACUGAGCCAUCUAAAGAAGGAAAUAUGGAGGCAGUACCUAAAACUACAGAAGUACAGAAUUUGCCAGAGCUAAAGAAAACGGUCGCCUGCCCACAUUGUGAUAAAGUGUUUAUCCGUGAAGGAUGGCUGAAGCCGCACAUUCGCUCUCAACACUGGAAUAUAAAGAGGAGGCGUAGUCAGUUUGAAGUCUUUGACAGUGGCCUGAAUAAAGCACAACAUCCUUACUACAAGAUUUUAUUUCUAUUUAAUAACCCAAACUCCUUUGUACUGAUCGAUAAGCAAUUGCGUAAUGGCACAACUGUAAAACAGGGAGUCACUAAGGAGUUGAAAAAAAAGAAUAAAGAAUCAUCAAAGGUCAACGCUAAACCAAGUCAAUCAAGGGAUGAGUCCUAUCUGGUUGUUGCUGGUUACCUCCAGAAAUUGCGUAAGCGCACAACUGAGACACAGGAAGUCACUAAGGAGUUGAAACAAAAAGAUGAAGAACCAAAAAAGGUCACCGAUAAACAAAGUCCAUCAAGUGAUGAAUCUAACCUGGUUGUUGAUGUGCCGCAAAUCACUACAGAUGAGGCAGAACAAAGUGCAGAUCUUCCUAAAAGGGGGACAGAUGACUCUGAGUGCGCUCCUGAGCAAUCAAAUAAAGACACUUCAGACUCAAGUGCUACAAAACUGAAGAGGAUGUUUCCGUGCAAAGUAUGUGGCAAAGAGUUCGUUCAGGAAAAGAGGUUAAAGAUGCACACAAGGAAACACCAGGGACGUAGGUUGCAGGAUGAAAAGAAAAGGAAAAGAGAGCAAUAUCUAGGGGAAGAUAAGCUUAUGGAACAAGGAGGAAUGAGAUGGGGGGAGGAGGAGAAAAAGAGGCUUGAUAAGACGUCAACAAGUAAUCUCAACCCAAAUACGCAGAAACCUCAAGGAUCCCCAAACAAAGAGUUGCGGAAAGACAAAACCAGAGGUCAAGGGCCACUACCCUGCCCAUUUUGUGGCAAAGUUUUUGCUUGGGAAAUGCGGCUUUUGAUGCAUAUGCAGAUUCAUUGUGGCGAGAAACCAUACUCCUAUCGGCAGCGCAAGAAACAAUUUUAUGGAGACUUGAAAAGGGGCCAACUCCCUAAAUACCAUAAUCAGGAGACUCCAGAGAACAACAGUGACAAGUCUGAAGAAUCCGUGGGUGAAGAAACAGGGAAUGAGGACGAAUCUGCACAUCUGAGCAGCAGUACAACACGUGCAGUUUCUGGAGCUCUCGCGAGCAGUACUGAGACCACUGGAAUGGAGGACCAUACUGGCAUCCUCAGCCUUCUACCUCAGACAGCUAUUGAGAAGCCUACCACCUGCAAUAAGAAUAAUCAAAGAACCAAACCUGAGCUAUUCAGAGAUAUCUUGAGCCAAUUCAGUUUGCAGCCAAGGAUUGUUCUAGAACCAAUUAUGACUGAAUUUAAGUACAGGAGCUCAGUGUCUGGAGACUUAAAAUCAGGUCGUUCUAAAAGAAGUGGCUCUGAUCAUGAAGAAACAUCAUGCUCAGUAUUGGUUGAUGAUGAAAUGGUAGAUGCUGUGGAAGAUGAAAUUGUGGGUUCCAAGCUUGGCAUAAUACCAGUGGAAUGCUCUGGACAUGGCAUCCAGAACAAGCCUGAAAAAUGCCACCGUGUUAUUCCUGAGACAGAAAUAGUCCCUAUAGAGGUUGUAUCUCCACAGCAUGAUUCUCAAUCAGAAGUAGAGCUUGAUAACUUUAGGGGCCCACUGGCCGUUGAAUCCUCUGAGGGAAAAAACACAAAGAGUCAACAAGAAGAGGACUAUGACUGUUAUUUUUCUGGUGUUUCCGAGAAAACGGCCACAAACCAGCUGCCGCUGAUCAUAAUUGAUGAUGAACUAGAGCAGACAAACGCAAGAACUGCUGCUGAACAUGCUCCAUCCGAAUGUAGAAGAAUGAAGUGUGAUUCGAAGUGUGAUUGUAAUAACAUUUCUACUAUGAAAUUAACUGUAAUCCCACAGACUAGCGAUUUAAGGUCUUUGUUCAAGGAAACUAGUUCUGGUGACAUGCAGAAGAAAAUGUACUCAGAAUCAGUUUGUGUUGUCCUCUCAGAUGGUGAAGAAAAUGUUGAUGAAGAUGUGCUGAAUUCUUCCAGAGGUUUAGAUGAAAAGAAAAUUGCCUCAGUGCCUAGCGUUCAAAAUGAACAGUCAGAUGUGGGCAGCAAUCCUGAAGAAAAUCCUUCCAGCGACUUCAUUUUUUCAGCUGCAGAUGCAAUUGAAUCCAUCAAGACUGAUGAGUCCACUUGUGUUCAUGACAAAUCUAUUGACAGUGCCUCAAACCAUACUGAUAUUGAGGUUGUAACAAGUGAAAGAAAUGAUCAAAGUACCUCAACUGACUCACUCGCCAGAGACCAGAUGGCUUUUAUUACCAUCAGAAAAACAGAGGACAACCCCAUGAGUUCAAUGGAGAAUAUAUCAUGUCAAACAUCUGAUAUGGUAUUUGCUGAUCAAGCAUCUACAUCAGAAGUUAAUGAUGACAGGAAACUGCUAGAGAUGGAGAUUGUCAGUGGCGAUGAGACAAAAAACAAGAAACUGUGUGAGCAACCAGGUAUGCAAUAG